AUGCAAACAACCGUUAAACAUAAUCGAAGAACUCACCUGUAAUGUGCCACGUCUACCACAACCUUUCCUAUUGUGUUAGUUAUCGCUACAGCAUUUUAGGAAGGCAUUGUUCAAAGUGUGUUCAUGCAUAUAGUACAAUGGGAGGGGGUGUGACAUGCACAGGGGAGGACCAGGAAAUGGAUCUCAGACUUCUAUUUAGGACUGGGAUCCUAUCCGGAGUUGACAGAUUAACAGUGAGGACAACCCCAGCCUCCCUCUCUCCUUCCACACUGAGUUGAAACCUACAGUCACUGGGUCCUGAUUGUGACAGUGGAGCCCAGUUUGCACUGCAGGAUCCAGAGAUGGCAUCAGUGAAGCUGGAAGACUGCAGUCAAACACUGGAGCUGAAUGUCAACAUUAAAGAUGAAGAGGAGAAGAUUGGGAAAUCUGUUAGUCAUGGACGACUCAGAUUAAGUCUGAGGCCGGUAACAUCAACAGUGAGGACAAACCCAGCCUGCCUCUCUCCUUCCACACUGAGUCCAAACCUACAGUCACUGGGUCCUGAUUGUGACAGUGGAGCCCAGUUUGCACUGCAGGAUCCAGAGAUGGCAUCAGUGAAGCUGGAAGACUGCAGUCAAACACUGGAGCUGAAUGUCAACAUUAAAGAUGAAGAAGAGGAGGAGAGGAUUGGAAAAUCUGUUUCUCAUGGAGACCAUGUAGAGACAUUCUCUACAUCCAGAGAGCAACAGCAGGAAGAUCACAGAGCUAAGAGGUCUCACCACUGCCCACAUUGUGAGGAGAUUUUCCCAUUUCUAUCAAAGCUAAAAAUACACUUAAAAAUGCACACAGAAGAAAAUCUGUAUUCCUGCACUGACUGUGGGAGGAGUUUCACAACAUCAAGGGCUCUGACAGUUCAUCAGAGAGUACACACAGGAGAGAAGCCUUACUACUGCUCUGACUGUGGGGAGAGUUUCUCUCAACAGAGCAACUUAAAAAAACACCAACGUAUACAUACAGGAGAGAAGCCUUACUCUUGCUCGGCCUGUGGGAGGAGUUUCUCUCAACAGAGCAACUUCAAGAAACACCAACGUAUACACACAGGAGAGAAGCCUUACUCCUGCUCUGACUGUGGAAAAGGCUUCACAACAUCAACUGAGCUAACAGUUCAUCAGAGAACCCACACAGGAGAGAAGCCUUACUUCUGCUCUGACUGUGGAAAGAGUUUCUCCCGAUUGGAUACCUUAAAAGUACAUGAACGUGUACAUACAGGAGAGAAGCCAUACUCCUGCUCUGACUGUGGAAAAUGCUUCACAACAUCAUCUGAGCUAACAGUUCAUCAGAGAACACACACAGGAGAGAAGCCUUACUUCUGCUCUGACUGUGGAAAAAGUUUCUCGCAAUUGGAGAAGUUAAAAUGUCACCAGCGAAUACAUACAGACCAAAAGUCUUACUUCUGCUCUGACUGUGGGAAGAGUUUCACCCGAUUGGAUACCUUAAAAUGUCACCAGCGUAUACAUACAGGAGAGAAGCCUUACUUCUGCUCUGAUUGUGGAAAUAGUUUCACCCGAUUGGAUACCUUAAAAUGUCACCAGCGUAUACAUGCAGGAGAGAAGCCUUUCUCCUGCUCUGAUUGUGGAAAUAGUUUUUCUGAUCAGAGCAGCUUAACAACACACCAAUGUAUACAUACAGGAGAGAAGCCUCAUCAGUUCUCUCAGACAAGCUUAUGUUUCAUUGUUCUGUCUGUGAUGUCGCGUUUGCUCUGUUGCAGUGGUGGAACAGGAAGUUCCGGGAAGGCGCCAGAAUUGUGUGGUGAAGACGAUAUAUUUUGUGUCAGUUUCACUUUUAUUAAUACAGGCCGACUCAGGUCAAGUCUGAGGCUGGUAACAUCAACAGUGAGGACAAACCCAGCCUGCCUCUCUCCUUCCACACUGAGUCCAAACCUACAGUCACUGGGUCCUGAUUGUGACAGUGGAGCCCAGUUUGCACUGCAGGAUCCAGAGAUGUCAUCAGUGAAGCUGGAAGACUGCAGUCAAACACUGGAGCUGAACGUCAACAUUAAAGAUGAAGAGGAGGAGAAGAUUGGAAAAUAUCUUUCUCAUGGAGACCAUGUUGAGACAUUCUCUACAUCCAGAGAGCAACAGCAGGAAGAUCACAGAGCGAAGAGGUCUCACCACUGCCCACAUUGUGAGGAGAUUUUCCCAUUUCUAUCAAAGCUAAAAAUUCAUCUAAAAAUGCACACUGGAGAGAAGCCUUAUUCCUGUACUGACUGUGGGAAGAGCUUCACAACAUCAAGGGCUUUGACAGUUCAUCAGAGAGUGCACACUGGAGAGAAGCCUUACUCCUGCUCUGACUGUGGGAAGAGUUUCUCCCGAUUGGAUAACUUAAAAGUACAUGAACGUGUACAUACAGGAGAGAAGCCAUACUCUUGCUCUGACUGCGGAAAAUGCUUCAAAACAUCAUCUGAUCUAACAGUUCAUCAGAGGACACACACAGGAGAGAAGCCGUACUUCUGCUCUGACUGUGGUAAAUGCUUCAAAACAUCAAUUGAGGUAAAAGUUCAUCAGAGAACACACACAGGAGAGAAGCCGUACUUCUGCUCUGCCUGUGGAAAGAGUUUCUCCCGAUUGGAUACUUUAAAAGUACAUGAACGUGUACAUACAGGAGUGAAGCCUUACUUCUGCUUUGAGUGUGGGAAGAGAUUCACAACAUCAACAGCUCUGACAAUUCAUCAGAGAGCGCACACUGGAGAGAAGCCUUACUCCUGCUCUGACUGUGGGACGAGUUUCUCCCGAUUGGAUAAGUUAAAAAGUCACCAACUAACACGCAGAGAGAAGCCAUUCUCCUGCAGCACACAGCAAUGCUGACCAUAUUUUGCUUUUAUGAGAGAUUUGCAUUCAGAAAUGCAAGCUGCCUCACAUUCGAGAGGGCGGAUGCGGUUUCUUCUCUCAGUAAUUAUUUGUCCCGUUUUCAAGAAGACCCUCUCAGAGGUAACGGAUGUGGCCACUAUGCAGUCUCUCCCUGUCAUGACUUUAGUAAGCUGUGGGAAGACAGAGGCCUUGAUCUUCCAGUAGCUCAGAGGAUCUGCAGAUCUUUCAGAACGAAUGAGUGUGUGCUUGAGCAUUUAGGCCUUUAUUAUUUAAUUUAUUUUUUUGUUCUUUGAAUUAGAUAAUUCUAUUCAUUUAAAUCUUUUGAUUAUUCAUAUCUUAAUUUUUUAAAUAUUUUUAUAAAUAGAUUUGGCUCUUCUGAUAUGCGAGCCGGCUCCCAGAGUUCACCUACAAGAGCCGGUUCUUAGAGCCGACUCGUUCACGAACAACCCAUCACUACUACAGUCACUGGUUCCUGAUUGUGACUGGAGCCCAGCAUCUCUACUUCCUGUGGCUAUGGUAAUGAUUAUAACUUUUCCUCAUGAGCAUAGCAGGUAUCCAUGGUAGUGUUUGUUAUGUUGUCAGCAUAGCAGGUAUCCAUGGUAGUGUUUAUGUUAUGUUGUCAGCAUAGCAGGUAUCCAUGGUAGUGUUUAUGUUAUGUCGUCAGCAUAGCAGGUAUCCAU